AUGGCAAACCUUCCCGGAGUCAUUAUAUCUGCCACCGAGUAUCGUCAGUUGGAAAUCACUUAUGGCUUGUCUUCCAUAGAGGGUGUGGAGUUUCCCUCUCCUGGCUCUAGCAUCUCUUCCCCUCCCCCUGGUAAGAUUGGGGUUUACUUGAAAACCCUAGACGCUGGUAUACGCUUUCUUCUAACGGAUUUUCAGGAGGAGGUCCUCCAGAAAGAUGGUUGCAGUCUUCAGAUGUUGACUCUUAAUGCAGUUAACAAAGUGGUCGCGUUUGAAAUGAUAUGUAGGGCCAACCAGUAUCUUCCGGAUUACUUCGUCUUCAAGUUUUUCUUCCGAUUUUGUGUUACCGGAGAUAAAUGCACCUUCUCGGUCCGGCAAAGGGGACACGCCUUAGUUCCCAAUGGGCGUACCCCCAAAAACUGGCAGGAUAAAUGGUUGUGGGUGAAUCAGGAGCUGGUUGGGAGUGGUCGCUAUCGUGCCAAUGCUUUCGCCGAUACCAUCCCUAAGCUCUUCCCUCACAACCAGGGUGUCGCCGACUACUUGAAGAGUGUGCAGGAGAUACAACACCCUGAUGCGCUAGGCAUUUCGUUUUGCCCAUGCUAUCGUUGA